AUGCUGCUGCAAAAGUUGCUUGGCUUACGCUUUACAAAGUGGGGACAGAUGCGAUUAAUUUCUACAAAUGCAGAAGAUAACUUAUCAAUUCUGUGCAAACAUUUGAAAAUCGACAAGGAAAGAGCAAAAUAUAUGCAAUUAAAAGAACCAUACAUAUCUAAAAUGACUGAGGAUCGUGUAGAGGGAAUGGUUAAAACUUUGUAUUCUAUAGGCUACUCGAGAGAUAUUUUAGUCAGCCAUCCUACUUUGUUUUACAUGCUACCACUUACUUUAAAAAAUAGGUACAGGAUCUUAGACGAAUGUGGAUUUCAAGAUAUCACACCCGAUCUCUUACUCUCAUAUUUAAAGACUAUAAAACAAAGAACUAUUGGAGAAUUAAAGAGCCUGGGCUUAUUAUCAACAUUAGUUAAUAUAGAAAACAAACUGGCAAGUUGUUUAUCUCAAUGGCCUACAUCACUUACAACUCAAAUACAAGGUGAUGUUAACUUGUCUACUUUGUAUACAAUAAGACUUAAAUUAAUAAAAAGGUAUCUGGAAUUAAUGCUUGAUCUCAGUGAAGAAGAAUUUUACAGAGGCAUGAAGACAUACCCUACUAUACAGCACAGACCUCUCAAAGCUAUAAAUGAAACAUUAUUUAUAUUACAAUCUCAAGUGCAGAUGUCUAAUGAAAAAAUAAAGUCAAAUAUGUAUUUGAUACAUAUUGACCCUGACAACUUAAAAAAUAUUUUGUACUAUCUUAGAACCAUAGGUGGAGUCGAUAUAAAGGAAGUAAUUAGAAUGUAUCCCAAAUUAGCCACCAGGAGUUAUACUUCCUUACUGGAAACAAAAAAAAUACUAGAAAAAUAUGGAAUUGGUGAUGAAGCGCAGUCUAGAUGCCUAGAAAUCUAUACUCUAAGUCCAAAGACUAUUGCAGAAAGAUUAGAGAACACAAGAGCAAUGCCAGAAUUCAAUAUAUAUUGCAAUCACCCUAGAUUUUUGAAGAUUAUUCAUUAUAACACUACAGUACUAAAACGGAUAACAAAUUUAAAAGAUAGCAAUAAACGAUGCUUGAGUCUUAAUAUUGUAUCUGGCUGUAGACGUCGUUAUGAAUCUUUUCAAAAAGCUCCUGGAGAUGGACUAGGUAAGGGGAAAGAUUUGGUAUUUUCUGUUAAUCAAGCGUUGGGAAAUAAAUUCUCAUCCCAAGAUAUUCGUCAGAAGCUGAAGAAACAUCCGUUUUGGAUUAAUAUUCCACUAGUGGAAGUAAAGUAUGUCUGUGAUAAAUUACUAACUCUUUUCUCAGUGCAAGAUAUUUAUGAAAAUUGUCCAAUACUUCUGUACCCAUGGAAUAAAAUUAAACGGGAACUAGACACUAUUGACAGUCUCAAAAAUAGAAAUAAAAUCAGUCAUUUAAUUAGUGAAAUAAAUUUGACAAAAAUAACUAAGUCCCAAAAGUUGAGUAUAGUAUUGUAUAUGUUAGAGAAACAACAUUAUUUUUCAGGGAAUGGUGUUUGGACAGAAGAACAACAAAAAAAUAUUGUUCAUUUAAGUGCUUGA